AUGGCCCAGAUCCUGCAGUCCCUCUCGGUGACAAUGAAGAUGCUGGAGCAGCAGGUGAACCAAGGCCAGCAGGGCCCCUUGAGCAUGGUGCUGCUCAGCCAGGUGACGGUGGUCCUGGAGCCAGCCCCAGCCCCGCACCCCAUCCUGCACCUGCAGCCCCAGCAGCUCCUGCAGUUCCAGCAGUGGCACCUGCUGCAGCAGCCCUACUCUCCACCCCUGCUGUACCCAUUCCAGGCACCACAGGCCCACCUGCACCAGUUCCCCCAGCAGCCCCAGCCGCCCCUGCAGCAGCAGCUUGCCCACUUGCAGCAGCAGAUGCAGUUGACGCCGACGGUACAGCCACCUGGCCAGACUGCCCAGGCCCUGAAGACCCCGCCACAGGCACAGGCUCAGCCCCCGCUGUUUGGACAUGACCCAGCAGUAGAGAUCCCAGAAGAAGGCUUCUUCCUGGGAUGUGUAUUUGCAAUCGUGAAUUAUCCAGAGCAGGUGUCUGACAAGCAGCUGCUGGCCACCUGGAAAAGGAUCAUCCAGACACAAGGAGGAGCCAUGGACCCCACGUUAUUGAGCCGCUGCACCCACCUGCUCUGCGAGAGUCAGGUCAGCAGGCUGCCCGUAUUGUUGUGUUUGCAGGCAAUAAAGGAGAGGAAAAGGUGCAUCACGGCGCACUGGCUGAACAUGGUCCUGAAGAAGAAGAAGCUGGUGCCGCCCCAUCGGGCACUGCACUUUCCACUGGCCUUCCCGCUGGGGGGCAAGCCGUGCUCCCAGCAUAUUAUCUCUGUGACUGGGUUCGUUGACAGCGACAGGGACGACCUGAAGUGAAUGGUGUACCUGGCAGGAGCCAAGUACACGGGCUACCUGUGCUGCAGCAACACCAUCCUCAUCUGCAGAGAACCAACUGGUUUAAAGUAUGAGAAAGCCAAAGAGUGGCAGAUCCCAUGUGUGAAUGUCAAGUGGCUGGGGGACAUCCUGCUGGGGAACUUCGAGGCCCUGCAGCAGACACAGUAUGGCUGCUACACCGCCUUUGGCCUGCAGAACCCCUUCGCCCCGACCCCACACCUGGUGGUGAACCUUCUGGAUGCUUGGAAAGUUCCAUUGAAAGUGUCAGCAGAGUUGUUGAUAGGUGUAAGACUACCUCCCAAACCGAAGCAGAAUGAAGUAACUAAUAUCCAGCCUUCUUCCAAAAGUGCCAGAAUUGAAGAUAUUCCACCUCCCUCCAAGAAGUUACCACCGGAACUGACCCCUUUUGUGCUUUUCACUGGAUUUGAGUCUGUUCAAGUUCAAGAGUACAUAAAGAAGCUCCAGAUUCUGGGUGGGGAGGUCGCCGAGCCUGCACAGAAGUGCACCCACCUCAUCUCCAGCAAGGUGAAGCGGACCGUCAAGUUCCUGAUGGCCGUUUCCGUGGUGAAGCACAUCGUCACCCCAGAGUGGCUGGAGGAGUGCUUCAAGUGCCAGAAGUUCAUCGACGAGCAGAACUACCGUCUCCGAGAUGCAGAGGCCGAAGUGCUUUUCUCCUUCAGUUUGGAGGAGUCCUUGAGGAGGGCCCACAUUUCUCCGCUUUUCAAGGCAAAAUACUUUUACAUCACUCCUGGGAUCUGCCCAAGUCUGUCAACCAUGAAAGCGAUUGUGGAAUGUGCAGGAGGUGAAGUGUUGUCUAAAAAACCAUCUAUCAGGAAACUCAUGGAACAUAAACAGGAUAAGAGUUUGUCAGAAAUAAUUUUAAUAGCCUGUGAAAAUGAACUUCACUUGUGUCAAGAGUAUUUUGCCAGAGGAAUAGAUGUUCAAAAUGCAGAGUUUGUUCUCACUGGAGUGCUCACUCAGACACUGGACUAUGAGUCAUAUCCUUUCAGAAGGCGGUGGCCUGAGAGCAGCCGUGUCGUCCUGCCGUAG